GAGGAGUCCUGUGCCCUCAUCUGCCAGGUGUUCCAGAUCAUCUACGGCGACCAGAGCAUCGAGUGCGUGGACAGAGCCGGGUACCACUACACCUCCACGCCCACACGGCCCUGGCUCUCCAGCAGGAGCGAGAGCUGCCGCACAGAUGGGACAUAUGGCUACGAUGCUGACUACAGCUGCUGCAGCUCCUUCAAUGGCUCCCACGAGACCUUUGAGGCGUAUUACAGUGGCACCUCCUCGCCCUCCUUCCACCGCUCCCACCACAGCCUGGCCACCGCCUGCAGUGGCAGUGACCAGAGCGGCGCAGGGCUGGAGCAGCUGCAGGACUACAUGGUGACGCUGCGCAACAAGCUGUCACCACAGGAGAUCCAGCAGUUUGCCAUCCUGCUCCGUGAGUACCGGCUGGGCACGCCGGUGCAGGAAUACUGCACGGAGCUCCUGCGCCUCUACGGGGACCGCAGGAAGUUCCUCCUCCUGGGAAUGAGGCCCUUCAUCCCUGACCAAGACAUCGGGUACUUUGAGACCUUCCUGGAGAGCAUCGGGAUCCGGGAGGGCGGGAUCCUCACCGACAGCUUCGGCCGCAUCAAGCGCAGCAUGAGCAACACGUCAGCCUCGGCCGUGCGCAGCUACGACAGCUGGUCCCUGCGCUCCGAGAGCGAGUCCUUCAACCGCAUCAUCACCGACAUCACCCACGACAUCGAGGCACUGGCACGGGAUGAGGAGGAGGAGGAGGAGGAGGAAGAGGACAACUACCUGUGAGCCAGUGCCAAAACCCAGCUGUGCUCUCUCUGCUCGCUGAUGCGGCGCUGCACCUCCAGGAGCAGCCUCAGCAGGUGCCCAGCUCUGCACCAGAACCAGGGAGGGUGAAUUUGUCACCGUGGGAGGGGACAGGUCUCUGCACUGCCCUGUCAGCUCUUGUCGAGACUGUGGAAUCACAGGGCAGCUGUGGCUGUAGGGGAGACACAUGUGCUGUAAUUUCUGCAGAUAUCAAUUAAAUGCUGG